UUAUUCAGUCAGGUAAUGUCUAAAAUGUUUGGUUUACUAAAGUAUUUCAUUUAUUACUCUCACCGGUUCACAUUUCAUGGACACUACAGAGGAUACCAUUGGUGUAGCACUGAACCACCUGGAGCAGCCACAGAGCUAUGUCCGGACGCAUUUGGAAAAGUCUUUAGUCUUUGAAUUCAGACAGGCCCUGUUGCCAUGCUACGAUGCAAUCGGCCCACAGAUCUGGCCUUCAAAGGAUGCAGCCCCUGCUUUUAAAAAUAAACAUGUUUUGGCUAUCAGAAGUAAGUUGCCUCUACAUAAUCACCCAUAACAGGUCAUGAUGAAGAGUGAGGUAGCGCUCCUUUAUGUCCUGAUCAUUAUGAGCAAAGGAUCAGCCCAAAGCAUGAAACCCCGCCGGAGCGUUUUCUUCUCAGAUGUUAAUCUGAAGCUGUUUAAGGAGCCUGACUUUGACAGUUUGAGCUCCGUACUGGUCAGAGAAGACAUCGGUCAGCUCUUCAUCGGAGCCAGAGGAAAGAUCAUCAUACUCAGUUUGGAUGACAUCACUAAACAGACCCAACAGUUUAACUGGAUUGUGACCUCUAAAGAUAAAGCCCAGUGUCAGACGAAAGACAAGAGCAUCGAGGAAUGUGACAACUACAUCACGUUGAUGCACACUCUGAAUGAUGGCAGAAUACUGGUUUGUGGAACCAAAGCAUUCGACCCUAUCUGCGCACACCUGAUAUUUGAAAAAGGAAAGGUGACCAUGGAAGACAAUUGGGAGAAUGGCAAGGGGAAAAUUCCCUUUGACCCCAACAAAAACUUUGCCUCCUUGGUGAAUGGAAACACUUUAUAUACCGCUGGUUCCAUAAACUUCCUGGGAUCAGUAGAAGCUUUCCAAAGACAUGGAAGGAAUUCCUUGAUGACUGAACAUAUAUCCUCUUGGCUCAAAGGACCCAACAUGAUUUCCAUGAAAUUUGCUGAAAUCAGCAAACAUUCAUAUAACAACGAGGACGACAGCGUGUUCUUGUUCCUCACAGAGAUCGGAAUCGAAAAUCAACGCAACGACUUGCGACUGUCAAGAGUUGCACGAGUGUGUAAAAGCGACAUGGGAGGGUUGAAAACUUUGCAGAGAAAGUGGACCUCUUUCCUGAAAGCCCAUCUGGACUGCCCGUUUGGAGAUGAAGGUUCAACAUCUCUAGUGCAGGACGUCUUUUUUCUCCAAGAUGAAAAGAAUGUGUCCGACAGCAUCUUUUACGCAACAUUCUCCUUGAACCCGAAGCCGUCCAGUACCUGCAGUCAGUCCGCUGUCUGCACCUACAAGCUGUCUGACAUCCAGCAAGUUUUCAGAGGAAACUUUAUGACUGAGACUGAUUCUGGCCCCUGGGUGAGGUUCACAGGAUCAUAUACUUCCCCUUAUCCUCGUACAUGUAUUAAUGAUGAAAUGCGAGCCAAAGGUGUGAGGACUUCUCGGGACGUCCUAGACUCAGACCUGAUGUUUGUGAAGAACCACCCUCUGAUGGAGCAAGUUGUGACACCGAUCACUGGGAAGCCCCUGCUGGUUGGGUCUGCGGCCCAGUUCUCCAGAAUUGUUGUUGACAAAGUAACCUCUCUGGAUGGACAGCAGCACAACGUCAUGUUUAUUAGCAACAACUCUGGUUGGGUGCAGAAGGCGGUGUGGUCUGAUGAUGAUGGAGGGCGAAUCAUUGAGGAGUUGCAGCUGUUUCAGGAUCCUCAGCCCAUUCGCUUUCUUCAGCUCUCCUCUAGAAGCGGUCAGCUGUACAGCACAACUAGAACUGCUGUUGUUCAGCUCAGUGUGAGGGACUGCAGCCGCUACACAUCCUGUAUUGACUGCCUUAUAGCCAGAGAUCCAUACUGUGGCUGGGACCGUCGCACAGGCCUGUGUGCUGCUGUUGCUGGUGCUUCAAAAUUCUCCAUGAUCCAAAACCUCAUUGAUGGUGACGUUGGAAUUUGCCCAAGCUCUCAUUUGCCAAAGCAGAUUAUCGACAUCCACCUCACACUUGACGUCGCGCAGUUCCUCCCCUGCACCCCUGAUACCAAUCUCCCCAUCAGCUGGAACUUCUCUGGUAGUAUCCUUGAGCCCAGUCCCCGACACAUUCUGUUCAGCCAGGGACUCAUUUUAACACCUUCCUUCACUGAUGAAGGCCUUUACACCUGUGACACAGUGGAAGUAGUUGAAGGCAGAGAGCACAGGAAGGCAGUGAUCCAGUACAACGUCAAGAUUUUAGAGGGUGAAAUCUUGGGUCGGGUAAACUGGUUUCAGGGUGUAGUUGUCUAUAUUUUAGGUUCUUUUUGUUUGCUGUGUGUAAUGCUCAUCAUCUACAUGUACUGGAAGCACAAACCUUAAAACCAGUUGUUGGCAGUACCAGUGUGAGUUAUGCUAGCACUGAGCAACCAGCGCAGAAGACAGUGCCCUGCAACUGCUUUAGUGAUCCUGAUACCAAGAGAA